CAAGCGCCACCAACAACAUCCUCCUGCUGAAGCAUGGCUGCGGACAUGAGAUUGCCCACUCUUCGGAAACAAGUAUGUCUCUCUGGUCCGAAAGGUGCAACAGCCAGCCUUGUUGUUCCUGGAGAUAUUAUAACAUCAGACACUGGUUUUAUGCGGGGCCAUGGGACAUAUUUGGAUGAAGAAAAACUCACUGCGUCUGUGGCUGGGGAGGUCGAGAGAGUUAACAAACUUAUAUGUGUUCGUCCUUUAAAGACAAGAUACAAUGGUGAAGUUGGGGAUGUGGUUGUUGGAAGGAUUACAGAGGUGCAACAGAAACGAUGGAAAGUGGAGACUAACUCUCGUCUGGACUCUGUGUUGCUCCUCUCUGCCGUUAACUUACCUGGUGGAGAGCUGAGGCGGCGAUCAGCAGAGGACGAGUUGUCCAUGAGAGACUACCUUCAGGAGGGCGACCUCAUCAGUGCUGAGGUGCAGGCUGUCUUCUCUGAUGGCGCUCUAUCACUCCACACACGCAGUUUGAAAUAUGGAAAGCUGGGCCAGGGUGUUCUAGUUCAGGUGUCCCCUUCGCUUGUGAAGAGGCAGAAAACCCACUUUCACAACCUCCCCUGUGGGGCCUCCAUCAUACUGGGGAACAACGGCUUCAUCUGGCUCUACCCCACUCCUGGACAGCAGGAUGAAGUUGCUGGGGGAUACUACACCAGCAUAGAGCCUGUGUCCCUGUCCGAUCGGGAGGUGAUAUCUCGACUGAGAAACUGCAUUCUUGCCCUGGCAGCCCACAAAGUCAUGUUGUUCGACACAAGUGUUCUGUACUGCUAUGAGUCCGCCCUCACGCACCAGAUUAAAGACAUUCUGAAGCCAGAGGUCAUGGAGGAAGUUGUCUUGCAAACAAGGCACCGGCUAUCUGACCAGGAGGGUUGAGGUGUGUGCCAUGUGAUGGAUGAAGUAUAGCGCCUCAUCUCCGCCCCUGACUGCGAUGUUAAAGCUAAGGCUUUUCUGCAUUCCAAGCCAGCUGACCAUUGAUGACAGAAAAGUAUUCCCUUUUUUAAUACUGUAAAAUAAGUUAAACGGAACAACAUAUUUGCCAUUGAUUGCAGUCAUUUUGUAGUUGACAUGGACUUCAGAGUAUACUGUCAUUCUAUGAGUGAGGGUGAAAUAUAAUUUUUGUAUGUAUUCUUGUAAAAAAAUAAAUAAGUACCAUA